UACUCACACAAACUGUGUUUGGGUUGGCAAGAAAAUUAUUGCCGAGAAAGACUGAUGGACAAAGGUUAGUGUUCCACAAACUACUCUAUCUUUUCUUUUUAAGUGUUACUGAAUCAAACAUUGGUCACUGAAUUUCUCCUCAUGGGGAUGACAGACAUUCAGGAAUUAAACCCUAUUCUCUUUCUCACCUUCCUGGUCAUGUACUUUGUCAAUGUGUUUGGGAAUGGAUCCAUCCUGAUGAUCGUCAUCUUGGAUCCGAGACUCCAUUCACCAAUGUAUUUCUUCCUGGGAAACCUGGCAUGUGUAGAUAUCUGCUUCUCCACUGUAACAGUGCCAAAGAUGCUUGAGAACUUCUUCUCCACAAGCAAAGCAAUUUCCUUCUUGGGAUGCAUAACUCAGCUUUAUCUCUUCCACUUCCUGGGUAGCACAGAGGCCCUGCUGCUGACAGUCAUGGCAUUUGACCGCUUUGUGGCUAUCUGCAGACCACUCCACUACCCUUCCAUCAUGAAUAGUCAUGUGUGCAUCCAGUUGAUUGUUGUCAUCUGGGCCAUUCCUUUUAUUCCUGCUCUGCUUCACUCCAUAUUGACAUCUCGAUUGAGCUUUUGCGGUUCUAACCAUGUCCAUCAUUUCUUCUGUGAUGUUAAGCCAUUAUUGGAGCUGGCCUGUGGAAACACUGAACUCAACAGGUGGCUGCUCAAUACAUUCACAGGGACCGUUGCCAUUGCCCUCUUCUUUCUGACAUUUCUCUCCUAUUUCUACAUCAUCGCCUAUCUCUUUCUAAAGACUCGUUCCUGCAGCAUGCUCCACAAAGCACUGUCCACUUGUGCCUCUCACGUCAUGGUUGUCAUUAUUUUCUAUGCUCCUGUUCUCUUCAUCUAUAUCAAUCCUGAUUCAAGGAGCUCCCUGGAAAAGGACAGGAUCAUUGCUGUCAUGUACACUGUGGUCACUCCUGCACUCAAUCCACUUAUCUAUACUCUGAGGAACAAGGAAGUGAGGGGUGCUUUGAAUAGGAAAAUCAGAAUAUAG